UUUCCUAGCAACUGCGCAAGACUUGGAGACAUCUGCCGGCAUUGGCCAAAAAAAUCCCAUUCCCAUCUCAACUCUACUUCUCCCCUCCGCAGAAACGGAAAAAGGUAAAACAACCCAACAAUCAUUCUUUUGUAGCACAGCCCAUUCCCGUUCCUCCUUCUAUCUGCUUGUGGCUACAAAAUUCUCACAAAAUAACCCAGCAAAGCAAAUACAAAUUCUUCACCAUGGGUCCGAUAAAGAUGGCAAUCGGGGACAUGUUGAUUACUUUCAUGUGGGUGUUUUUUGCAUCGACGUUCGGUUUGUUAACUUCCUUGAUAGCCACUGCCAUUGGUGUCCAAACCGUAACUUGGGCUUCUGUUGUUAUCACCACUCUCAUCAUUUUCGUUUUCGUUUUCAUCUUUAAUACUAUCUGUGGAUAUCUUGGUGGGGCUAGCUUUAAUCCUGCUGGUACAGCCUCCUUCUACGCCGCCGGGGUCGGUGACGAUAGCCUUAUCUCCAUGGCGCUCCGGUUCCCAGCUCAGGCAGCUGGUGCCGUGGGCGGUGCCCUGACAAUCACGGAGGUGAUACCCGAACAGUACAAGCACAUGAUAGGGGGACCAUCUUUGCAUGUAGAUACACACACUGGAGCCAUUGCUGAGGGGUUGUUGACUUUUCUAAUUACCUUUGCUGUUCUUCUAAUCAUUCUUAGAGGUCCACACAGUGAAAUGUUCAAGGCAUGGUUGCUUGCCAUUGCGACUGUAGCAUUUGUUCUGGCCGGUACCUCUUACACUGGACCAUCCAUGAAUCCUGCCAAUGCCUUUGGUUGGGCAUAUGUGAACAACUGGCACAACACAUGGGAUCAGUUUUAUGUUUAUUGGAUCUGUCCAUUCAUUGGAGCUAUAUUAGCUGCCUGGGUCUUCCGACUUUUCUUCCCCCCAUCACCGGUGAAGGUGAAGAAGGCCUAAGGCCUAGCAAUGCAGGACGCAAGAAAACAGGGCUCAGCUUACACAAAAUUUGCCAGUUUUGCCUUCAUGAAUUCAGUGGAGAAUUCUCUUACAUAAGUAGUAGUAUCACAAGUUUGCAGGGUAAAAGUUUGAUCUCUUCUGAAUUACUGUGUUCAGUUUGAAUGCUUAAAAGAAAUGAAUGUUCCCAUCACUUAGGUUUUGUUGACCCCAAUAUUUGAUUCAGCAGACAUUGUCAAGAGUCAAGACCAAAGCGAAAAACGAAUUCCAGU